UAGACUAGAAAACAUUACGUGACGCUUUCUCUUUCUUCAUCAUUAUAUAUAUAGGAGCCAAACCUACAUAAUUUACAAACAGACAAUCUUCUUUGUAUUCAAUUCCUUCUUUGUAUUCAAUUCAAUCUUCUUGGUAUUUGAUUCUUAAACUUCUGAAUCUCUGAUUGGUGUUUUUUUAAGCCAAUCGUUAUUGUUGAAUUCAUCAGUCUGAUUUCUGUAAAUUCAUUUCUGGGUCUCUUAUUGCUUCUACCCGAAUUUCAACGAAUUCAUCGGAAUUAUAGUUGUUUGUGACCAAUUUCAGUUCUUCUUGAAUAAAGGUUUCAGAUCUUAGAAGCUUGAUCUAUUUCUCAUAUUAUCCAUUUAAGAUUCAAUUUUUCACUUUGGGAUUAAGUAACCAAAGGAUGACGACCGGAAGUCUUAAGCCGGCGAAAGAGAAGAGGUCGCGGAAUAGCAGACAUGUUGUUGAUGAGAAAGCCCCCCUCUUGCCCACUAAGCAAGAAGAAGAUGCUGGUUAUGACGAGUUCAAUGGGGCUUCUUUUACUGGAGCAGUGUUUAAUUUGUCAACCACAAUUGUUGGUGCUGGAAUCAUGGCCUUGCCAGCCACCAUGAAAGUGUUGGGUCUUGUUCUUGGGAUUGCUAUGAUCAUUUUCAUGGCAUUCUUAGCGGAGGCUUCGAUUGAUUUGCUGCUUAGGUUUAGUAGAGCGGGGAAAUCGACUUCUUAUGGAAGUGUUAUGGGGGAUGCCUUUGGAAAAUAUGGAAGGAUUUUGCUGCAAAUAUGUGUUUUAAUCAACAAUAUUGGUGUACUAAUUGUGUACAUGAUUAUUAUUGGUGAUGUGCUUUCUGGAACUUCUUCUGGUGGAAUUCACCAUGCGGGUGUUCUGGAAGGGUGGUUUGGAGAGCACUGGUGGACUGGGCGUACCAUUGUUCUUCUUGUCACAACCCUUGCUGUAUUUGCUCCAUUGGCAAGCUUAAAGCGCAUUGAUUCAUUGAGAUACACAUCUGCCUUAUCAGUUGCACUGGCUGUGGUGUUCCUUGUAAUUACCGUGGGAAUCACAUUUAUUAAGUUGAUAAAUGGAACCAUUUUGAUGCCCAGAUUGCUUCCGGAUGUUACUGAUUUGACAUCAUUCUGGAAGCUCUUCACUGUAGUCCCUGUUCUUGUCACUGCAUACAUCUGCCACUACAACGUUCAUUCAAUAGACAAUGAGCUUGAAGACAACACACAGAUAAAAGCUGUUGUGCAAACCUCACUUGCACUCUGCUCAUCUGUGUAUGUAUUGACAAGCCUUUUUGGGUUCCUUCUAUUCGGUGAUGCAACUCUUGACGAUGUGCUUGCCAACUUUGACGCCGACCUUGCAAUUCCUUUUGGAUUUCUGCUAAAUGAUGUUGUUCGUGUUAGCUAUGCUGCCCACCUCAUGCUUGUCUUUCCCAUUGUUUUCUAUCCGUUGCGGUUGAACAUGGAUGGUCUCCUCUUUCCAUCGUCAAGGCCUUUGGCUUCAGACAACUUGAGGUUUGCAUUGAUCAGCACUGGACUCAUUGCUCUAAUCUUCUUCGGUGCAAAUUUCAUACCCAGCAUUUGGGACGCUUUCCAGUUCACUGGAGCAACUGCUGCAGUUUGCAUUGGGUUCAUCUUCCCUGCUGCCAUUACUCUCAAGAAUCAUCAUGGUAUAGCAACAAAGAGGGACAAGAUAUUAUCGGUUUUCAUGAUUGUCCUUGCUGUGCUCUCAAACUUGGUGGCCAUAUAUAGCGAUGCCUAUGCCUUAUUCAAGAAGACUCCAUCAACGCGUGAAUGAUCUCUCUUGUUGCUUGUUAAAGGCAAUGGACCAGAAGGUGUCAUGAAGACACCGGAAAGAUAGGAUCAUCUGCAACAAUUGUGAGUCAGGUUUUUCUAGGUCUGGUGAGUUUUCUUUCAAUAAGACAAAACGUUCAACUCAAUAUAUAAAAUUGAGUUGCUUGGCUAGAAUUGUACAAAGGCGUGUAUCCAUUUUGGAUUCUAUAUAUCCCUGCUGUGUAUAAUUGUAUUAGAUUGUGCUUAAUAAUGGAUGUUGUUGUGUAAUGGAAUGAAGUUAAAGAAUUACAAGUUCAUACCUUGGACAUUUGUUUUUGUUU